GGUUUUUAUAAACAUUGGAGUUAGCUUCGUUGGACGGAGGUAUAGCAACGACCUUUGAACCGUGGUCUAUGUGACGUCCGAUUUUACUGAUACCAUUGAUUUUUUUCUUCCAGAGAACUGGGAGGAUUUCACGAAGCAACUGAUCUACUAUAUGAAUCUCAUGAGUUGGGAUUUUUAUGGAGGGAUCCACAGGACCAUCCUUUUAAAAAGAGAUCAAGCUAGGAGUUGACUGGAGAACAAUUCUAUGCUGGAAACGCCAUGGCUUUUGUAGCGUCGGCUCCAGCAGUGUCAUCGAGACGGCACUACAACCAAGGCCUUGAUUCUGCUCGCUGCAUAGUUCGAUCCAGGAUAUCGUUUCUCAAGCUUCGCCGAGUGAAUGCUAUAGCUCUGGAAGCAGCAGUGAAAGAAGAUCCGGAGCAGUUGUCCCCAUUGAUAACACCAAAACGAACUACAGACUUUCAAACACUCUUUCGGAGAUUUUGCAAAGUUGCUCAACCUUACUGGCUCGACUCCAAAGAGGGAAACCAGGCAAUCCUCCGGUUAUCGAGUGUUUUUGCUCUUACGCUUGCUUCCACGGGGACGAGCGUGGCAUUUAGCUACCUUGGAAGGAGUUUUGACAACGCCUUGACAAAUAAGAAUCGAGAGGAGUUUGUCAAGCACCUGAUCUAUUAUUUGGGGCUUAUGGUCGCAACACUUCCGGUUUAUGUAAUCCGCGGAUACGCACGAGACACUCUUGCUCUUCGAUGGCGAGCUUGGAUGACGAAACGCUACAUGGCUCAGUAUUUUUCUCAGAGAUCCUACUAUAACAUUCAAUCUCUGGCACUCAUAGACAAUCCAGAUCAGAGAGUUGUGGACGAUAUCGGCUCGUUCACUCGCACGGCACUUGUAUUUACCAUGACUUUGUUCCAUUCCAUCACCGAUCUGGCGUCUUUCAGCGGAAUUCUAUACAGGAUUUAUCCACCACUGUUUGGUGUCUUGCUUGUUUACUCCAUUGGUGGCACUGGAAUUAGUUUCCUACUUGGAAAGGAUCUCAUGAACUUGAAUUUCGUCCAAGAAAAGAGUGAGGCAGAUUUCCGAUUUGGAAUGGUAAGAGUUCGAGAAAAUGCAGAGUCCAUCGCGUUUUAUGGGGGAGAAAAGGAUGAGCUUCAGUUGCUGCUGGAACGUUUUAAGCAAGCUUUUUCCAACUACAGUAAACUACUCAUAGCUUCGCGAAACCUAAGAUUUUUCCAAAUUUUUUACAACAACUUGAUCCAAAUCCUGCCCGCCGCCGUGGUGGCUCCGUUCUACUUUGCUGGAAAAGUCGACUUUGGGAUCGUCAGUCAGUCUUUCUAUGCUUUCAGCUCCGUUCUCUACGACCUCUCCUUGGUCGUGGACGAGUUUCAAUCACUUAGUUCCUUCUCCGCGGUUGUCGAUCGCCUGGGUGAAUUCAGUGACAUAUUGGAUCAACAAGGCGUAGUGAAUGCUUCGGAGCUGAGCACCAUCAAAUCGAUCGAGACCACGGAAAGCGGGGUUCUUAUAGAAGUUUCGACCUUGACACUGUUGUCUCCUCAACACACACUGACUCUUGUCGAGGGGCUCUCUUUCAGGAUGAUCGCUGGACAAAAUCUUCUGAUAACUGGCCCCAGUGGAAGUGGCAAGACAUCGUUCUUAAGAGCUAUCGCAGGACUAUGGAAAUCCGGGCAAGGAACCAUAGCAAGAAACGCUGCCAUGGAUGUAUUCUUCGUGCCUCAAAAGCCAUACAUGACUCUUGGAACACUCCGGCAACAAUUGCUAUAUCCAACUUGGAGCACAGACGGGGAGAAAAAACACGAUCAAGAAUCCAAGCACAGCGAUGCCGACUUGAUGGAAGUCUUGCGUAGAGUGAAGCUUGAACAGCUCCUGGAACGCUCGUUCCACUUGGACGCGAAUGCCGACUGGUCCAGUGUCUUGUCACUGGGAGAGCAACAGCGCCUGGCUUUUGCUCGAUUGCUUCUAUCAAAACCAAAGCUUGCGCUCCUGGAUGAAGCAACCAGUGCCAUAGACGAAGCAACUGAGGCUUACUUGUAUCGACUUCUCCUAGAAUCGGGAACUUGUGUGAUGAGCGUUGGGCAUCGCAGCACGCUUCGCAAAUUCCACACGCACUUGCUCUUCUUUUCCCCGCAAAUCUCCGGGACGAGUAUCUCGGAGUGGUCAUUACAAGACCUUCCUCAAAGAACCAGCUUUGAGUAGCAGUAGUUCUUCGUCCAUUGAAGUGGAUAAGUGGAAGACUGGCUUUUGGGAAUGCAAGCAAGCAAGCGCUUUGCAGCCUUGCUAUAGUGUGGAGAA